AUGCUCACUCGAGAUUACCCAUCCUCAAUUCGGGUACUUUUUGCCAAAAAUCCGCCAGAUGCUUUUGAUAAUUGUGGUCAUUUUCCGACUCUUCAACCAACAGUCGAUUGUCCGUUUCCCGGAUGGUCGGUUGAAAUCUUUAGCAGUUUGAUGCAAGCUUUGCAAAUCAAAAUUGAGCCACUUGUAUUCGAGAAUUCACCAGGGAAUGUCGAUUGGGGAUCUUUACAGCCAAACAAUUCCUGGUCUGGAGCUCUUGGUUUCCUGCAAAAUGGGACUGUUGAUGCGAUUUGUCUUCAAUUUCAACGAACCACGAAUCGAGAGCGGGAUUUCGAUUUCACCUAUCCAAUCACUUUUAUCCAAGCCGAGAUUAUUGUGCCAGAAGUUGAUGGCAGUUAUACCCUCAGUUUGCUUGAUGUUUUCAAACCUUUCACUGGAGAAGCCUGGCUUUUCUUUGGGAUCUCUCUAAUCGUUUGCUUGUUAAUUUUCAUCUUUGUGAGUCAUGUGGAGAGGUUGAUCGCUGACGGGAAAAAGAAGGAUUUAGACUUGUGGGAGACAACUUGGGGCAUUUUGGCUUUUCAAAUGUACCAGCCGAGUCCAUCGUUUCAAUUGGUCAGCGAUGGGGGGAAAAUCCUCUACACAAUUUUUGGGGUCGUUCACAUUUUGUUGUUGAUGGGUUUGUAUCAGAGUUAUUUGAUCACGGCACUUUUACAGCCUGGGGAUCCGUAUCCGUUUCGGAACCUCGAGCAAAUGAGUGCCAUGAUCAAGUCAAAAGAGUAUCAACUACUCGAGAGUGAUGGCGGGAAUUGGGUCUACGACGAGAUAAGAACCUCUCCAAUCUUUUCAUCUCUCCGACAAGCCUUGGAGAAAAACCCGGCAGUGAUGUUGACGAGCGACGGCGAACUGGUGCCCACCGCGCAAAAGGGCAAGUACGUGUUCUUCUCGCAAAUCGAUGCCUGUACUUCGUAUCAAUUGCAGGAUUACUGUGGCUUUUUGACCGUUAUGGAGGAUUUACCACAAGUGACCUCACAUUUUCUCUUCCAGAAGAACUCAUCUUUCGUUGAAGCAGUGAAUCAACAAAUCAUUCUACAACAAUCGUUCAUCAUGAGAACGUACACGAAAUACUUUGAUUCCGGUUUCAACACCGGCACCAAGCAUAUUAUUUGCCCAGCUUCGACGAUUGAUGAUAUUACGCCAUUGGCUCUUCGCAACUGUGCUGGCAUUUUCUGGCUUCUCUUCAUCGAAGAAGUUGAGAGACAUCUCGAAAGGGGAAAGGAAUUCCUAGCAAAGGCUCAAUUCGCCGACGCUCUCAAUAGCUACCAUGCGGCGAUCGAAUUGGAUCCAACAAACUACCAGACUUUCUACCGACGAGCCACUGUCUACUUGGCGAUGGGAAAGAGUAAGUCAGCCCUUCCGGAUUUGGACAAAGUCGUUCAAUUGAAGCCAGACUUCACGGCGGCUCGGAUCCAACGGGGGAAUGUUCUGCUAAAACAGGGAGAACUUGAUGCAGCGCAACAAGAUUUUGAUUCAGUGUUAUCGGUCGAGCCGAACAACAACGAGGUGGCCGCUAAAGUCGAGCACAUAAACGAGCUACGACAAAUGGUUUCAAAUGGCGAACAUUUCUUGGAGAAUGGCGAGUUUCAAGAAGCCGAGCAUUAUCUGUCAAAGGCCAUUGAAACGAUGAUGUGGGAUGGAAGCCUCUACAAGAUGCGUGGCGAAUGCUAUAAACACCUGGGUGAAACGCAGAAAGCGAUUGCAGAUCUUCGAAACGUUGCCAAGCUCUUCUCCGACUCGACUGAUGUGUAUCUGGAUGUUUCAAAGUUGUACUACUCAAUUGGCGAUGUUGAGGAGAGUUUAAAUCAAAUCCGCGAGUGCCUGAAGUUGGACGCCGACCACAAGAAAUGCAAGGACUUCUACAAGGGUGUGAAGAAACUGGCGAAAAUGCGCGAGGACCUUAAUAAACUGGUGUCAAAGCAGGAUUGGAUGGGAUGUCUGGAGAAAGGGCAAAGCAUUUUGAAAGCUGAAACAAAAGUGCCGAGCAUUCAAUUCGAUGUCUUUCGGCAAACGUGCAAGUGCAAUCUGAAUGCUGGCCACGUGCGAGAGGCGAUUCAGGAGUGCUCCGAAGUGCUGAAGAAUCAAGAUGAGAACGAUGUGGAAGUGCUGUGUGAUCGAGGAGAAGCUCACAUCUUGAACGAGGAUUGGGACGCAGCAAUCGCCGACUUCCAAAAAGCGUUGAAAGCCAAUGAGGAGCACAAGAAAGCCCGCGAAGGAUUGCAAAAAGCGGAACGAUUGAAGAAACAAGCCGGAAAGAGGGAUUACUACAAGAUUCUUGGAGUCAGGAGAAAUGCGAACAAAAGAGAAAUCAUGAAGGCUUAUCGAAAGUUGGCUCAACAAUGGCAUCCAGACAAUUUCCAGGAUGACGAAGAGAAGAAAAAGGCACAAGACAAGUUCAUCAACAUUGCUGCGGCGAAAGAGGUGCUAACGGAUGAAGAAAAACGACGCCAAUUCGAUCAAGGAAUCGAUCCACUCGACCCUCAAGCUCAACAAGGUGGCGGUGGACAUUGGGGACAUCAUCAGGGAUUCCAGCAUCAAGGUUUCCCACACGGUUUCAAUCCAUUCGGCGACGGUGGUGGCUCGUUCAAAUUCCACUUCGGU